AUGUCAGUUCAUGGGCAAUCCCGGUUCAAAGAACUCGUUGAGGAGAUCCAGAAUCAACGCGAGGAUAACGAGCUACACUGGUUCGUAGACGAAAUCGUCAUACCUGAGUUUCCCCAGAUUGUGGAAACGCUACACAUUUGCUCCAAUUUGCUCCUAUACAACUCCCCGCAGCAUCCCGAUCCCCAAAACAGGAUCGAAAGAGGGCCCGCGAUUAAACUCCCCGUGUCUUCGAGCAAGCUGGAGUCGUUGAAGGGCAUAGUUGUAAGAGAUGGAGCUUACAUCACACAAUUCCAAGUUGCCAUACGGGACCCUUACUUCAACAGGUACUUUAACAAAGUGCACUUGGUGAAACCAAUCUUGUUGAACCAGAUCAUCAAUACCAAGGUUGCCAUUGAUGACUCUACCCAGUUGAUGCAAGACCUAUCGAAUAUGAGAGAGACGCUAGCUGACCAAAAGGACCACGAUAUCUACCACAAGAAGUUGAUCAAAUCGUUUGAAAACUUAUUGAGCAACAUCCAUACCGCAAAAACCAACCUACAACUACCGACCGAUCCCAACUUGGUGUUUCCGUUGAAAAUCACCCCAUCGGACGCGUUUGCUCCCAUACUCCCGCAGACAAUAACAGUUGAUUUUUACAUUAGCCAGGCUGAAAUUUGCAUUGACAUGAAGAGUUUAUACAAAAUCGUCGAGAAGCCCUGGUCGGAAGUUGACCCUAGAACGGGGAAAUCACACGUUGAUAAAGUCAGGGACGAGAUGAAACUAUCAAGCAGCAGUACCAGUAGCGUGCACGCCCCUGAGGACAGGCAGUUGGAGUCGUUAUCUGAUUCCGUGUCCACGACGGGAUCGUCGUCCAAAGUCGAGCACGGCUCUGAAGUGCUGGAGAAGCCACCAGCGCACGGAAGAGACGACAGCAGUGCAAGUGCUGGUGGGUUCUUGAGCAACGUCAUGAGUCAUUUCAAACCAAAAUACGAUCCGAUGGACUAUAUCACGCGAUGCAUCACCUAUGACGGCAUCGUCGUCAUGGUCAAUAAAAAGCUCGAGGUGUCUACGGAAGACCCGGUGUUGGUGAGCUGCUUCACCAAGUUGGACACCAUCGAGUAUCUCAUCAGAAAGUUUUUGAAAAGUUUGAAUGAUUUGACAUGUUAUUGA